UGGGUGAACGGGGAACUGCACCCUUUGUUCUGGAGGAAGGACGUGGACAAAGUUGCAGCCUGCCUGCAGGAACCGUACAAGUUGAGAUUUAGCAAUGGCAGCGCAGGAGGAAGUCUUCGCGGGCAUUCCCAAGAUCCCAUAUGUACCCAGUGCUGGGGCAGGAGAUGUCAUGUGCUUCAAACACUACCGUGCAGAAGAGGUGCUGAUGGGGAGGACUAUGGAGGACUGGCUGAGGUUCUCAGUCUGCUACUGGCACUCCUUCUGUGGAACCGGUGCUGAUCCAUUUGGGUUUCCGACCCUCCACCGGCCCUGGAAUGAAGGAACUCCUAUGGAAUCAGCCAAGAUGCGACUCCGGGCUGCUUUUGAGUUUUUCACCAAACUUGGCGUGAAAUAUUACACAUUUCAUGACAGGGAUAUGGCUCCUGAGGGCUCCACCCUGGAGGAGUCCAACAGGAAUCUGGAUGAAAUAACAGACCUUGCUCUCCAGCUGCAGAGCCAGACUGGAAUCAAGGUGCUGUGGGUCACCUGCAACCUCUUUGCCCACCAAAGGUACAUGAACGGUGCAGCCACCAACCCCGACUGCCACGUUCUGGCCUACGCUGGCGCUCAGGUUAAGAAGGGGCUGGAUAUUGCCAAGAAGCUGGGUGCAGAAAAUUUUGUGUUUUGGGGAGGAAGAGAAGGUUUCAUUUCCAUCCAUAAUACCGAUGUCUCUGCUGAAUUGAAGCACAUGGCCAACUUCUUCAAAAUGGCUGUCCAGUACAAAGAGAAGAUUGGCUUGAAUUGUCAGUUUCUCAUUGAACCCAAACCUAAGGAGCCCUGCAAACACCAGUAUGACUAUGACGCUAUGAGUGUCAUAGGAUUCCUCAAGCAUUAUGGUCUGGAGAGUCACUUUAAGUUGAACAUUGAGCCCAACCACACCACCCUGGCAGGACACUCAUACGAACAUGAUAUUGUCAUGGCCUCUGCGUUUGGCAUGCUGGGGUCAGUUGACUCAAACACUGGCUCUCCUGACCUCGGAUGGGACACAGACCAGUUCCCCAUGGACAUUAGGAACACCACCUUGGUCAUGAAGACCAUCAUUGAACAAGGUGGCCUGCAGCCAGGAGGCCUGAACUUUGAUGCUAAGGUGCGCAGAGAGUCCACGGACCUGGAGGACCUGUUCAUCGCUCACAUCGGAGCCAUGGACGCUUUUGCAAGGGGACUCCGAAAUGCUGUCUGCAUUAUUGAGGACGGGCUCAUCGCUGGCAUGGUGAAGGAGCGAUACUCAAGCUUCAGUCAUGGCAUUGGACAGAAAGUGGAGGAUGGGUCUGCCACCUUGGAGGAAAUGGAGACCUUCAUCAAGCAGAACGGUGAGCCAAAAGUAACAUCAGGGAAGCAAGAAAAGUACGAAUCCAUCUUUAAUCACUACAUAUAAUAAAAACAUUGCUCUCCUGUUUCUGCAUAUGAUAAUCGUUGAAGGAGCUAUUCUGUCUCAGUGCUGGUGUGAAAACACUUGAGCACAUCAAACAUAGUGUUAGAGAGGGUGAGCACUGUAUUAAUCCCACUGGGAUUAUGAAUUGUACUUGUUUGCAGUUGAUUUACUAACUAAAAGUACAAAUAGCGACGUUGAACACUGCUAAAUGUUCAAGUAUCUGACAGACUGACAGACUUAUUCAGUACAGACCUUUGUGUAUCAGUAGGUAUUUGUAGUGCUACUGACACGUCAUCUGACAUUUGAUGUGACAUGAAGCUAUAUUAAUGUUAGCUGAUGACUAACGCUCACUGUGUAAUAAACACAUUUUAACAAUGAA